GCUGAUGUUGCGAAUGUUUGUAACGAAGCGGCUUUGGUAGCAGCACGUGACGCCGGAACAGAAAUAGUCAUGAAAAAUUUUGAACAGGCCAUCGAACGAGUGGUUGCUGGAAUGGAAAAGAAAAGCCAGGUGCUGCAGCCAGACGAAAAAAAGAUUGUGGCUUAUCACGAAGCGGGCCAUGCGGUGGCCGGAUGGUUCCUGCAACAUGCAGAUCCCCUGUUGAAAGUUUCAAUAAUACCGCGCGGUAAAGGACUCGGUUAUGCUCAGUAUCUACCGAAGGAGCAAUAUCUCUAUUCAACAGAACAGUUACUAGAUCGUAUGUGUAUGAUAUUGGGAGGGCGUGUAUCCGAAGAAAUUUUUUUUGGUCGGGUCACCACUGGUGCUCAGGACGACUUACAGAAAAUCACGGAAAUGGCUUAUUCUCAGGUUGUGAAAUUUGGUAUGAGCAAAAAAGUUGGUCCAGUAUCAUUCACGGAAGGUUCUAAUUUUCAAAAGCCUUAUUCUGAAACUACAGCUGAACUCAUCGAUCAGGAAGUGCGCGAUCUCGUUGAUAUGGCUCAUAAAAGGACACGAGAAUUAUUGGAUUCGAAGAAGGAGCAGAUUGAAUCUGUAAGGCUAUAA